UCGAAUAAGUCAAACAACAGCUGUGUUUGAUAUUCAUGACUUUUAAAAAAACAUCAUAACAAAGUUGUAGUAUAAAUAAUUAAUAGAAAUAGUUAAUUGGCAUUAACCGUUUAUUUCUCAGCGUUACAAAAUGGAGCCUAAACCAAAAAGUGAACAUCUCUUAGCGCUCAAAGUUAUGAGAUUAACAAGACCUACACUUGCAAGUCCUAUUGUGGUUACCAAUGACUCUACAGAUCUUCCUGGUAAUACAUUUAAUGAUGAAUUAAAAAAUGAUUGUACUGCACUGCAGGGAAUGGAAACUGUAUCAAUAGGACAAUUCAUGGUAUUGCCACAAAGCUUUGGAAAUAUAUACUUAGGUGAAAUAUUUUCAAGCUACAUAUGUGUACAUAAUGGUAGCAAUCAAACUGUCAAAGAUGUUACUGUUAAAGCUGACCUCCAAACAAGUACCCAAACAAUUCCAUUAUCUGGUCAUAAUUCUCAAACCAAGGAAUUAAUACCAAAUCGAACAAUAGAUGAAGUUAUUCACCAUGAAGUCAAAGAAACAGGCACUCAUAUAUUAGUCUGUGAAGUAACUUAUACACCAGUUAUAUCUGGUGGUCAACCUUUAUCGUUCAGAAAAUUUUUUAAGUUUCAAGUAGUGAAGCCUUUAGAUGUUAAGACUAAAUUUUACAAUGCAGAAAAUGGGGAAGUAUAUUUGGAAGCUCAAAUUCAAAAUUUAACUGCAGGUCCAAUUUGUCUAGAAAAAGUAGCUUUAGAAUCGUCACAUUUAUUUAAAGUGUCAACUCUCAAUGUCAAUGAAGAAAAUGAGUCAAUUUAUGGAAAAGUAAAUUUAUUAGAUGCCACGCAUAGUAGACAAUAUCUUUAUUGUUUAAAACCUGAACCAAGCUUGGCCAAAGAUCCAAAAUUAAUGCACAAUGCAACUAAUAUUGGCAAAUUAGACAUAGUUUGGAGAAGUAAUUUGGGUGAAAGAGGGAGACUUCAAACUAGUCAGCUACAAAGAAUGGCACCAGACUAUGGAGAUCUUAGGGUGACUGUUAAAAAUUUGCCUAGCAAAGUAUACCUAGAAGAACCUAUUCAUUUUACAGCUCAUGUACUAAAUACAUCAGGACGGCAAAUUGAUCUGUUUUUAAGUUUGCAAUCAAAUACUGCUGUUGCUUGGAGUGGGAUAGGUGAUAAAAAUUUAGGCUCACUGAAAUCAGGAGAAUUUCUGGACAUUCCACUUUGUAUUUUUCCAUUAGAAUCAGGGCUUGUUGCAAUAUCAGGUUUAAAGCUCACAGAUACUUCUCUCAAAAGGGUGUAUGACUACGAUGAUUUAGCACAAAUUUUUGUUACCUACGUAAAUUAAGUUUUAGUUUGAAUUUAUUGAAAAUAAAUUUAAUUUUUUGUUAAGAAUUGUUCUUUUUUUGAAAU